AUGGCCGUUUGUGGCAAAAAAACAUGUCGUUCCUGGCAAUCAAGGCAGCCCAUGACGGCCGAGCUGACGAUGUGGGUGGCGCUGGUCACGGCCAUCAGUUUCUCGUGUUGGAUCACCUUGACCUCGGUCUUUCUCUGGUGGCGAGCGCAUCUCUGUCUCAGUGUUGGCGAUUUGGAGGAAGGAACUCUAGAUCCGCAGCGGCUGCGGAAGAAGUUUGCCUUGCAGGUCCUAGAGUCGUUCGCAUCUGCGCCGAAAUCCAGUAGCGAGCUGGAUCACGAGCAGGCGUGCACGUGUGCGAUCUGCCUGAGCGACCUUCCUUGCGGCAAGCGCGGGAGGAAGCACAUCCAAUCCUUGCCCUGCGGCCACAGAUAUCACAAGCCUUGCUUCUUGGAAUGGUGCGUCUCAGGGUAUGGCAUCCAACAAAGGAGGAUACAAUGGGACACGGAUAGCCAUGGAGCCGAUGACAUUUGUCCUUUGUGUCGGCAGACCUAUCCGGGUGACACUAGUGCCCAAAAGGAUGAGGUGCUGAUCAUUUCGAACAUCGAUGGACUCUCUUCUCAGCUUCGAGAUCGCGGAAAGCGAAACGGAGCAGUUCUGAACGCGGUCUCCGCGAAACGGUUCAUGGCCUUGGGUCGACGGCCACCCCGGGAGGCGGUGGGUCGCGACGAUCGGGGCCCGGUAGGAGAUGAGGAAUCCCUGCUGGAGGACUUGACGCGGCUGCGUGCACAGCUUUCGGAGCUGCGGCAGAAGGCGGUCGAGUUCCGCGAAAAAAUCCGCAGCGGCGAACGCGAGAACUCCAAGAUGGACAAACUGCUGCAGGAACUCCUCUCCAAAGCCAAGGGUGGAACGGGCGUGUCCGGAUCGGUGUUGGAUCAGCUUCGAGAAGAUCUGCAGGCCUUGCUGCGCGCCAAGCGUCAGGCCAACGAGGCAAGACAGCAGCUGGACGAAAAGGAGUCCAAACUGGUGUCCAUCAAACAGAUCAGACAGGAUUUGAAGGACACAAAGUUGUCCGAAUUGGAAGAUGAUGUGCAUCGAGCGAGAGAAGAAGCCAAAGUCAAAGCAGAGAAAUUGGAGGCACAAGGCCUCUAUCAAGGAAGGCCCGCGGAGGCGCUGCACGAGGAGAUCGUGGUAGCGCAGAAUCAGGUGGCAGAGAUCCAUCAGAAGACUGCCAAACUGCAGGACGAGCGGGUGCACUUUGAAACGAUGGCCAAAGAGCAUGUGGAACAGACCAGCAACUUGGAGGAGAAACGCUAUUUGGUGGAGCAACAGAAGGAGCAAUGCGAAGAGCGCCUUCAAGAACUGGGGGAUGUCGAACGGAUGCACCGGCAGACCAAGGAGGACGGUGUUUCCACCGCCGUUUGUCGGUGA